UCACGUAGCAAAUUACCAAUUAAUUUUUUUGCUGACCAAAUUCGACAUUCUCUCGUCGACCUCCAUACAAAAAUUCCUCACUUCGUGGGCUUAUUUUCUUGGACAGAGUUUGGGUGGACUAAAAGCUCUCGCUUCGCCUCUUCCUCUCUGUAGCUGCACAGAACUACACGGUUCACAUUGUUGCUAGCAUAUUUAAACCAAAUUAUUAGCAUAUUACUUAGAUACAAAGUUUCAAUCAUCUGCUGAAGCAAACGUUUGAAAAUGUUGAGCAGUGUUUCUCUCCGGGCUCAGAUCGCUUCCAUCAUAGAGUUACUUUCUAAAGCUGCGGUUGCAGAAAUUAGCAAAGUAGUCGACGAUGGCAUAGUUGUGUUACGUGUGGAAAUGUGUCAACGGGAAAAUGAAAUCAACGUCCUGAAAAAGACUGUACAACAACUUGACAGCGAGCUUCGAAGAGCUCGAGGGAUUCAAGCUCGAAAACGCAUUCAUCAUGGUCGAUCAGUCGCUGCUGGGAAUCUUGGGAGAGGGCCUGGUAAAAGUGGUACCACUUGUGUGGGGAGGACGUCGCCUGAGGAAGACGGUAAUGAAAAGGAUGAAGGCGUUCGACCUGCGGAUGAGACUCCAGUGAAGACUGAGCCAGGAGUGGAGGAGGGUGACCAGGAAGAGCACACUGCAGGGAGAAAAGACAAGGAAGCAUCAUGCAGCAGUGUUUCGUUUCCAGGGAAACCAUAUUUAGAGUCAGAUGUCGGACAGGAUAUGAUUUUACAGCUCAGACAGCAACAACAUUAUCAUCAGUCAGACGCGCUCAGGAGAACAAGCGACGGCACAGUAAAGUCAAACCCAGACCCUCAAAGCGUAUUCGGUUUUGGCCCGAAUUAUAAUACUGCAAGGAGAGCGAGGACCAAUAGGUUUUGCCAGGUUAAUAAACACUUCAUUUGCACACUGUGUGGAAAGAGUUUUGAACGUUACGGUCAUCUUGAAAGACAUCUGCGAAUUCAUACGGGUGAGAAACCGUACAGUUGUGACAUAUGUGGAAGGUGUUUCAACCAGAAGGGUAGCCUCAAAGGGCAUCUGAAGACUCACAGAGUAUCGAUGGACGGACUAGCUAACAACGAGGAGAAGCCUUCCCUGGAUAGACGUCAGUCUGAGGAAGAGCAGUGCAACGAAAAGGACGAAGUGAUCCAAACUGCUCCUGAAAUGCCUAUGAAGUCUGAGCCAGGGGAGGAGAAGGAUGCAUCCCAGAUACUGGAUCAUAAAGCAGAAGAACAGACUGCAGGGAGAGCAGAACAUCAACUGGAUGAGGAACUGUCAAUGUACGAGAGAGACAGCCAGCCGUGGAUGUCCGGUUCACAAGCAGACAAUGAUAUAGAGAUGAGCAAUUCAGAAUAUUUCAGCAGUUCAGGUCAGAACUCCCAGUGUCUUCACUGAUCACUCUCCUGUCCCAGGAAUGGCGGAGGCGUCAUGCAGCAGUGCUUCAUCUCCAGGGAAACCAUAUGUAGAUGUCAGAGAGGAUAUGAUUUUACGGGUCGGACAGCAACAUUAUGGACCUUCAGACACACUCUUGAUAGCAAGUGACGGGACAGUACAGCCAAACUCACAGGGCAUGGACGGGGCUUCUCUGAACCAUCAGCCCAUCUUCUCUGGUUUUCCAAGGAAAGUUAAAACCUUCCAAGGAGUCACCAAGGACAAGAAGUGCUUCAUCUGCUCAUUCUGUGGGAAAGUUUUUGAGCGUGUUGGUCAUCUGGAAAGGCACCAGCGAAUUCAUACGGGUGAGAAACCGUACAGUUGUGACAUAUGUGGAAGGUGUUUCAACCAGAAGAGUAGCCUCAAAGGGCAUCUGAAAACUCACAGAGCAGACGGUGCUGACAUGCUAACGGGACAACCUCCGCUUGAUGAUGAGAAGCCUGACGUUUAUCCUAGACCCUCGGAGAACCCAGAGGAACCGACGGAUCAGCCCCCACCUGCUGAAGCACAGCCUGUCUGUGGGCACAGUGAGGAGGAGGGCAGGGGGCAGGGCUUGGUGGGGAAAGCGGAGCAAGAGAAACAGUUUGGAUCCCAGAUACUCAGUCAGUCAGGACAUCAACACCAACAAACCACAGAGCGACCAGGUUAUCAGGACGACCCAGAGUAUGUCAUGGAUGGGAGGGAGACGCAGCUGUGUAGAUCUUUCACAGAGAGGCACAGUGAUACCGAGUCUGGAUCAGUACAUCCAGGUUGCUCCUCCGAUGUGACAAAGCAGCAGAAUUCCCAUCCUGUUUCACCCAGUGUCAAAUACCAUCCCAGUCCUUUUGAUGGACUGCACCAGCAGCACCACCAGGGGUUCUAUACGUCAGCUUCUAGAGAGGUGGAACUUGAAGACUUGUCUUUUCAGGAUGAGGAAGACAAGCUGGAUAUGAUUGAGGAAGAGCAGUAUGCAGGGAUGGCUCUACAUGCAAGGAACAGGGAGGAUGCUGAUGAGAGAAUACUACCCAGGUUUCAGGACCGGGUACUACCACCACCACCACUUCCUGUAGAGGAGGAAACAGCGAUGAGAGAGUACAUCACAGAACCAAACUACAGUCAAGAGGGAAUUUUAUUUGCCCUUGGUAUAGACAGUUUUGACAGUACAGAGGGCAGCAGUGCCAGUGCCACCACAGACGACACCAGAAAUAGAUGUUUCAUAUGCUCCUUUUGUGGAAAGAGUUUUGAUCGCCAUAGUCAUUUCGAAAGACACCAGCACACUCAUACAGGUGAGAAGCCCUACAGCUGUGAGAUAUGUGGUAAGAGUUUCACUCAGAAGAGCAGCCUGAAAGCUCAUCAGAGACUUCAUACAGGUUAAUCAAGGGCCAAAGAGUCUUGGUUUGCGUUCCGAAUGGCACCCUAUUCCCUAUUCAGUGCACUACCUUUGACCAGGGCCCAUACAGUGAGGGG